AGCAUGAUUGUAUAUUCUAACCUAACUUUUUAUAUGUAAACAAAAUUUUUGACAUAUAGUAAGAAGAGAUAAUGGUGCAAAGCAAAAUAUUUUUAAAAAAUCGGGCAUUGGGAUAUGUUAGUAAUCACAUUCCUCUCGUGACAAGAUACAUAGAAAGACGAAAAGAAAAUCUUAUAGUAACGUGCGUUGGUAACGCAUUUCACACGUACGGUUGCGCUCAUUUUACACUUCUUAGCGUGUCAGGAACGCAUCCAGGAGACAUUACGUGCUUAUCAGCAGAUACCUAUCACAUAUAUACAGCAUGUAAAAAUGUCAUAUAUGCUUGGAGGAGAGGGACAGAACUAAAGCAUACCUAUAAAGGUCACGAAAGCACUGUGCAUACACUCUUACCUUUUGGGCCACAUUUAAUAUCUGUGGAUGAAGAUAGCAAUGUUAAAGUAUGGGAUAUUAAAUUGGAACAGCUCGUUUUGGAGCUUAACUUUAGCAAUAAGAUUUUCAAAAUAACAACAUUAAUGCAUCCUAACACUUACAUGAAUAAAGUUGUAUUUGGAAGUGAACAGGGUCAAUUACAGUUAUGGAAUCUGAAGGUUGCACAAACAAUUUACACAUUUAUUGGUUGGAAUACACCAGUAACUGUAAUCGAACAAGCCCCUGCAAUAGAUGUUGUAGCAGUGGGUUUGAACGAUGGGAGAAUUAUAUUACACAAUCUGAAAUACGAUGAAACUCUUUUUGAACUGGUACAAGAUUGGGGCUCUGUAAUAUCAAUUAGUUUUCGUACAGACGAAUACCCAAUCAUGGCCACAGGAAGCUCAGAUGGCCAUAUUGUGUUUUGGAACUUAGAAAAACAACAUGUAGAAAGUCAACUGUACAAAGCACAUUUUGAUGCGGUGGCUGGUUUAAAAUAUUUACCAAAUGAGCCACUAUUAGUAUCAUCAUCACCUGAUAACUCUUUGAAGCUAUGGAUAUUUGAUUUAGCUGAUGGUGCUGGCAGACUUUUAAGAAUUAGAGAGGCUCAUGCAGAACCACCUACUGCAAUUCGUUUUUAUGGGAAUGAAGGCACCAAUAUACUAACAGCUGGAAGCGAUUCUUCCUUAAGAAUAUUUUCCACAGUUACAGAAAUUUUGAACAAAAGUUUGGGAAGAGCAUCGUUUAACAGAAAGGCUUCAAAAAAGAAAGGAAGGACAGUAGAUGAUCAUUUGAUAAUGCCACCAAUAAGUGAAUUCUGUGCGGAAACUACAAGAGAAAAAGAAUGGGAUAAUAUUGCUGCAAUACAUAUUGGCUUGGGUACAGUCACUACAUGGUCCUAUAACAAAGCCAGAAUGGGUGAACAUAAACUAUUGCCAGAAAAAUUUAAAGGGAACCACAAUGCUAUAGCAAGCACUGUAUGCUUGACAAAAUGUGGAAAUUUUGUUAUUAUAGGCUAUAAUACAGGUCAUGUAGAAAGAUUUAAUAUGCAAUCAGGGCUUCACAGAACUAGUUAUGGCAAUAACAAAGGUGCGCAUAAGGGACCUGUAAAAGGUGUAAUGGUGGAUCCUUUGAAUCAAACUGUUAUUUCUGCUGGAAGAGACACUUUCAUAAAGUUUUGGGAUUUUAAUCAAAAGAGAGGGAAUACACAACCAAGAACAAAAUUAUCAAUGGGCGAACCGGUUGAAUGGCUAAGGUAUCACAAUGAAAGUUCACUAACGGCCGUAGCAUUGGAAGAUUUUAGUAUUGUAUUAAUAGAUCUUGAUACAACAAGAAUUGUACGACGUUUCGAGGGACAUCAAGCACGAGUAACAGAUGCAUGUUUUAAUCCAGAUUCAAGAUGGUUAGUAACAGCAUCAAUGGAUUGCACAAUCCGUACAUGGGACAUUCCUUCUUCGAAUCUAAUAGAUGUUUUUCAGGUUCCAGAGGCAUGUGCGUCUUUACAUUUUUCGCCAACAGGCGAAUUCCUUGCCACAACACAUGUAUGUAAUGUCGGAAUAUAUUUAUGGUCAAAUCGAACUCUCUAUUCUUAUAUUUCGCUAAAAGCGGUAAACAAAGACGAUCCGAUUCCAAUGAUCGAUCUUCCAAAUUCAGUGGUAGAAGUAAUCGAUAUCAAAGAUGAUGAACUCAUUGAACCAGAACCAGAAUACAUUUCUCCGGAUCAACUUCAUGAUGAUCUUAUUACGAUGUCUGGCUUGGCUCAGACGAGAUGGCAAAAUCUACUUAACAUAGAUAUCGUUAGGAAAAGAAAUAAACCAAAAGAACCACCCAAAGCACCAGAAAGUGCACCUUUCUUUUUGCCAACGAUUCCAUCAUUAGAACUAAAAUUUGAUUUCUCGGAUGUACAGAAUAAGGAACCAAAUAAGAAGUUGAUAAUUCAUCCCGAUUUACAAAAUCUUACUAUCUUCGGUAAAUCUCUACUAUCCGUUAAGGACGAUGAAUUUGAAGUUAUUGUCGAAAAAUUGAAAUAUAUGAGUCCAACUUCUAUCGAUUUUGAAAUUCAAUCGCUUUCGACCGACGAAAACACGAUGAAUACCCUGUUGCUUCAUUUUAUGAAAAUGAUACAUUACAUGAUAGAAAAGAAAACGGAUUUUGAAUUGGCACAAGCUUAUUUGGCUGUGUCUUUAAAGUGGCAUGGAACUGUAAUAACAGAGACCGAAUCGUUAAGAAGUUAUUUGACUACAUUACAAGAAGCCCAAUCAAAGAGUUGGAUUUUACUAAGAGAUAAAUUGUUUUAUAAUCUUAGUGUUGUACAAGCUUUGAAAAAAUUGUAA